UAUCUAUAUCUCACCCAUUUUCCUCAUACUACAUCUCAUUACUAUAUUCUUCCUCAACAAAAAAAAAAAAUCAACAUGAAACCUAUUACCACCUUUCUCUUACUCACUACUCUAUUGAUCAUAUCUUCAUCCUCUUUUGCAACCCGACCCGUUUUAUCCGGAUCUUCUCCUACUCAAGUCAAACAACACUCCAAGCCCAAAGACAAAAACAAUAACAAUAACAACAACCAAGGUAAUGGUGGUAUUCCAGGUGGUUUUUUUGGACCAGGAGGAGGAUUCAACAUUCCUGGAUUUGGAAACGGGUUUGGUAAUGGAAUUGGAGGUGGAUAUGGAUCCGGGUAUGGAGGUCCAAAUGGAGGACACAAUAAAAAUGGUAUAGUAAGGCCCACUGUUGUAUGCAAAGAUAAAGGACCUUGUUACCAAAAAAAGUUGACAUGUCCAGCUAAGUGUUUCACUUCUUACAGCCGGUCCGGUAAGGGCUACGGUGGCGGUGGCGGCGGUGGUGGUUGUACUAUUGAUUGUAAGAAGAAGUGUUCAGCUUAUUGUUGAAUGGAUUGAAGUGCAUUAAUUAUAAAUGUAUGGUAACAACUAACAAGUUGUUGUCUCUAGUACUAAGACUAUAGUACCUUAGUACUAUUUGUAUUAACACUAUUAUAUAUAUGUAGCAUGUAUGCAACAAUUUAUAAUAUAUGGUUUUGAAUUUUGAUCACCCUUUUAGAUGAAAAAAUAAAUAGUAAGUAGAUACAUUUUCUUUGGAGCUUAUAUGCUUUUGAUUAUGUCUACUUCUAUAUCUAUAGAUAAAAGAAAAUUUGUGGGAUUUUCUUGAUGGAGGAGAGGAUUAUAUAAUUGUGGAGUGUAUUUUUGUUUAAUAUGUAGUAUGAAGAAGAUGAUAUACAUAGUUUGGCUAUCUUGUGUUAGUAUGGUAA